AACUUGUCAUUCUGUUUUUCAAAUUUUGAAUAAAGCUGAAUAUUGAUAGAAGAUGGCGAAAUUCGUCCAUUUUGUAAUCCUGAGUGUUCUCGCCGUCAUCGUCAACGUGGCAAGAUGUGAUGACAGUGAACCGACUUUGCUCAGAAAAUACGCGAUUAUGUGCACGAAAGAAGUGCCGGACAAAAAGACGAACCUCAUCUAUGAAUGCAUCUUGGAAAAAACUGGAAUAUUUGACGUAGAACAGAGCAAACCAAAUGCCGAACGAUUGAGGGAGACACUUUUCAAAGUAAUGAAUCCCAAUGUACGCAGUCAGAUUGUUCGUAUGGUGGAUAAAUUCAAAGAUUGUUUGGAAGAGGAAGAAGCGAGUACUGUAAGCGAGUUACUUAAGGUGUUGCAAGAAUGUCACUUUAAUGUGAAUGUAUUGUACAAUUUGUGAAUAAACGAUCACCAGAAUCUUCGUGUCUGAGGGAAGACAAUAUAAAAUUCAAUGUAAUGAUUCUGAUCUUAAUAAACUGAGUAAUAAAAA